CUUCGUUGCACUUCAUACCUUCACGGUCACUUGGAUCUGACGUCAUCCAAUAAAUCAGCCUUAUAAGUUCCUGUUUAUGAAAAAGUUUCUAGUUACUUCACAUCAUUUUACCCGCAGAAUACUUAAAUUUCUUUUUAAACAGUCUUCGAAAGGAAGGAAACGAGGUUUAGAUCUCCUCUUGAUGAUGAAGGUUCUUUUCAUGGUCUUCGUGAUACAGUGCAAGUUUUUCGUUUCAAACGCAUGCACUGAAUUCAGCUUGUCUUCCGAAGAUGACUCAGUGGUCGUCGGUCGGAGUAUGGAGUUCAUCGGUGCUUUGGGUUAUUACCUCGUUGUAGAACCCAGGGAGUAUUCUCAUACAUCGGUUCCUAGCAAAGAAUGCUUCCUUCAUUCGUCUUUGCAUUGGCAGAAUAAAUAUAUCAUCGCAUACGUCGACGUUUUAGACGUUUUGAAUGAUUUAGACAUGCCCAUAGCUACCGAUGGUUUAAAUGAAGUUGGUCUUUCUCUUGCUGCAAACCUCUUCGUUGGCUUCGCCCAAUUCCAGAAAAUUCCAGUUGAAAAAUGCCACAUGGCGGUGUCUUCUUUGCAGUUUCCGUUGUGGAUUCUUGGAAACUUUGGGACAGUCCAGGAAUUAAGGGAUGCUUUGGAGAAGGAUUCUUUCCCUCUCGUAUGGGAAGCCAAUGUCCCAGAGUGGUUAAAGGGAAUCUUUCAACUACACUACUCGAUCGUGGACGCUUCCGGAGAUGCUAUCGUUAUUGAGUUUACUGAACAGGGGAGAAUGGUGUUCAACAACACUCUUGGCGUCGUAACCAAUUCCCCGCCAUAUGAUUUCCAUCUAAUAAACAUUCGCAAUUAUGUUGAACUUUCCAAAUCGGCCCAUGAUGCCCUGGAGUUGGGCAAAGUGACGUUCAAACCUACUGGUCAAGGAAGUGGACUUCUGGGAAUACCCGGUGACUUCACACCGCCAUCGAGAUUUGUACGCGCGGCUAUUAUGGCGCAUUUUUCUGAUCCAGUCAAGACAGGUAAAGAAGCAGUUAUCAAGGCUUUCCACAUCUUGAAUACAGUCGAUAUACCCCGAGGAACGUCCUCUGAUUAUACAGUGUGGUCUGUCGUCAAAGACUUGAAAUCAAAAUCGCUUUAUUUCCGAGUCUACAAAGACCUUACCAUUUGUGUACUUCACAUGGCUGACGCUAAGAAAGGCCAAAAGCUGAAGAUGAAAAUGAGUGAAUGCAUUGGUGGUUUUGUUGACAUCACUGAUAAACUCACGCUGGCUAUGGUUCGUGAUGAACUUUAAGAAACUCAAUGAUGAUUGAGACUUCUCAGUCAGAUAGAAUAUUCGGUCAAAUUCCUCUGUUUGAACAGCGAACUCUUAUGAUUGUGUGAAAGAGUGUGCCUGAAGCACAAUCUCUCGUGUGAUUUAGAAGUGUCUGCUCUAAGUAUGAUAUCUUGUGUGAUUCAGAGGUGUGUACUCUAAGUAUGAUAUCUUGUGUGAUUCAGAAGUGUGUGUUCGAAGUAUAAUAUCUCGUGUGAUGUAAAAGUAUGAGAAGCGAUGUGACUUAAGAGUGAUUACCUAAAGCAUGAGCGACCUGUGAUGUAGUUUGGAGUAUGCGUGUGACGAGCUCUAGUGAAACUUGGAAGGUGUGUCAAAAGCAUAAUUUGAGUGUGUAUGAUUUGGGGGAGUACGCUACAACCAAGGAGCAAUCUUCAAUUCAGUGUCGAAAGUCCUCCGAGAUUGCGUUGGUUUUGCUUUACUUCGCUCUGUGAUUGGUCCAGAAAACUCACACCAUAAUCUCGACCAAUCAGAUACAAAACUAAAGCCAAUCACGAUUUGGUCGUGCGCAUUUUUUCCCACUUCAGGCAAUUUGCUCGUUUUUAUUUUGAGCUCUCAUUGGCUCUUAAGGUAUUUUCUUUCUUCUGAUUGACCGUUGUGGUUAGUUUGGCUUUGCUCAUAUGACACACCCAAUCAAAAGGCGCUCUAAAAUCUUGUGUGAUUUGGAAGUGUGUACCGAAAGCAUGAGUUGGACAAGCGUCACAAAGGAAAAAUAUUUAAUUUUUUUUAAUUUAAACAUGUGUGUGAUAUUCCAUGUAUGUGAAGUCAUAGGCAUAUAACUUUACCUGAAGGCAGGCGGGAUUUCUCUGAAGACUCUGUCUGAAGGAUAAAAUAACGGAUAAUUUUUUUCAAGAGUCUGUGCUUAAUUGAAGUGAUGAAACCCCAACGUAUGUUAAGAAUGAAAUCAGCUCAGUAUAAGCUCAAAAUUAUAAAAUGAGAUAAAUGUUUUGAAAAACUC